AUGAGAGCCCAUGAUGUAUCAAGCAAAGAAGCCGAGACAUUCGGGCCAGCCCCUGUGUGGCUAGCCGACGAACAUUUUGACCUCGAUGCUUUAAAUUCGUCCGUUAUGGAAACCACUCUAGGACUGUUCUCUCCCACCCAUACCACGAACGAGAGCAAUGCCGAUACAACACUCCAGAUACCAAUGGAGACAUCUCAAUGGCAUCAUAAGGAAGAUCAAGUGCGCCAGUAUUGGUUUAAUUAUAUCGGAACACAUAGCAAUGGGUAUGUGACCCCAGAAACCGCCACAGAUCAUGUGGAACUGGAUGAAAAAUACCGGCAAAAUCUAUCUCAACGGCUUCAGCAGCGGGUUCCAACGGAGCCAUUGCCAUCAACCGAGUUUUUGUGGGAGAAGUAUCUUCUUGGCGGUAAAGCGGAGGCACUCGCAAUGACCCAGGCGUCUCUUAUCGGUCAAACUUUUGCGAUGCUAUCGGGGAAACCGAGAGAUCUCCUCACCCUGCAGACCUUCCAUGGCACAGUCACAACGUGGGCUCGCCUUCAUAAAAUGUUCGAAACCAAGAGGCCAGCCGACCACCUGCGCACAUUCCUCGAUACGCGGACCCCAGAGGAAGCAUGGAGAACGUGGGUUCAAGCUGAGGAGCGGAGCCGGGUUGCAGCGGGUCUUCACAUUCUAGACACCGAGAUCUCCGAGCUUAUUUUAACGCACCCUCUUAUGCGACACGAUAAAUCUUUGCUCCCAUUGACUGCACGUCAGGAGCUCUGGGUAGCUCCAAACGCAACCCAAUGGAGGGAUAUCAUGAUCAGCAGAGCUCCCCCGGAACUUCCUAGCGAAAAUAUCCAACUCGACUUUAACUCCACCGACGGCUUUCAUAGUUACACCGAGUUGGAGGGCAUCAAUGCUCGAUUGAUGGAGCAGAAAUUUACGAGUACUGCUUCUAACCAAGAGCUUGUGGAGCAGUUUGAACCUCAACUAAUCCAUUUUCUCGACCGACAUUUCCGCUCCAAGUCCGAAGGGAAUUUUGAUCCCUUCUGCUUGGAAGUGUUGUGGCACUCGGUCUUUAUAUCGCUUUUAGUGGAUAUCUCCCGGUUGGAGUUGGCAAUUGGCAGAGAAGGAUAUGAGGAAUCACUUCUCCAUCGCGAUUAUGUGCACACGUGGUCUUCUUCUCAAGAAGCUCGUCGCUGUGCUCUACACGGAGCAUUGAUUCUUCGAAAAUUGCAAAACAUGCCACUAGGGGUGGAGCCAGCAAUUCAUGUGCCCAGGGCACUUUAUCGAGCAGCGACCGUUUGGUAUGCAUAUACCGAAUUCGGAAGGGAUCCAGACACUAGCUUCUCGGAAAUUCCGCCUAGUCCCGACAUAAAUUUCCCCGAGCUGUCUUUUUUGAAACUCAAUAGCGAGGUCCUGCUUUUUGAGGCCAACGGCUAUCGGACAUCUAAGCCGAAAACGUCAGAAUCGAGCACAUUGUGUGGAUUGGUGGACCUUCUCCACCGAAUUGGCCACUGGGGAUUAUCAAGGAUAUUCGCGGAGCAGUUGAGCUUUUUGCUAAAAGAAAAAGAUAGUUGA